GAUUCCCAGUAACCAAAAGAAAUUGGAGACAAUGUCAUAUCUGUCUUAACUUUCUAAUGUUGCUUACAAGUUACACCACUAGUGAAAUUCUAAUGCAACCACUUAUUCACUAGGAUAAGAAGGUAAUGGUUCAAAGGGCGGUACCAUAUGUUGGAUUAUACUUAUUCAGAAGAUAAGAAGCUUAUUCUGAUGUCAAUUGAUGUAUAUAAACAACACGUGAUCUAAUCUAUUAGCCCUUUGUCAUACUUACUGAUCUUAGCAGCAGAAAAUUGUAGGAAAGGGAAUGUGAAAGGAAUCAACAUGUAAAAUGUGGCAAUUUGACUGGAAAAAGAUUGAUGUGAUGAAUCUGAUAUGUUCCUCAUUUGCCCAGACUGAGGUGAGUCAAUGACAAAUAACGAAUAUCUCAUCGAUUACAUGUAAAUUUCCACCGUUAGAAAUUGAAAACAAGCAAAUAAUAAACCCUGGAACAUUGAAUGGGGAAUGUUGAUGUGGUGAGGAAUAUAUCAUCAUGUUUGUUCCCCUGUUCUGGGAGGCUGUUGAAUUCCUCUAUAUAUUGGAGAAAACAGCCGUCAUCUCACCAUUCUUCCAAAACUUUACAAACAACAAAGUACAACAAAUAAAUUUCAUGAUGUUGACACAUUGCCAUGAACUGUGCAAGCCAGUCUCCAUCAUGAUUCUAGUUAACUUGGCUCUGGCUUUUGUCAAUUUGCUUCUGAAGAAGGUUCUUAAUGAAGGAAUGGACUACAUGGCCAUUAUAACAUAUCGACAGGCAAUUUCGUUUAUCUUCAUGGCACCUAUUGCCUUCAUCUAUGAAAGGAAACACAAAGUGGAAGUUCGCAUAAUAUUUCUCCUUUUCCUCAGUGCCCUACUCGGAGUAACAGUUCCACAAAACCUAUUCCUUCUCGGACUUGAAUAUACGUCAGCCACGUUCUCAUGUGCGUUCCUCAACAUGGUGCCUGUAUUUACGUUCAUUAUGGCAGUGCCAUUUGGGAUAGAGAAGGUGAAUAUGCAAAGCAAGGGAGGAAAAGCUAAAAUCGUGGGAACUUUUGUUUGCAUUGGUGGAGCCUUGUUGUUGGUCCUUUACAAAGGAAUGCCUCUUAUCAAGCCAGAAUCUCAAUACAUAGCUGACAAAGUUACAAGUGUACCUUCAACUGCCAAGUUAGGGACGUGGAUUAUAGGUUCCAUAAUUUUGACUGUAAGCUGCCUCCUGUGGUCUUCAUGGUUCAUCAUACAAGCAAAGAUUAGCAAAAAAUACCCAUGUCAAUAUUCCAGCACAGCUAUUUUGUCACUUUUCGCUGCCAUUCAAUCAGCAAUGUUAACUCUGAUCAUCAAGAGAAAUAAUGCUUCGUGGAUUCUCAAAGGAAAGCUAGAAAUAAUAAGUAUUAUAUAUGCUGGACUGGUGGGGUCGGGCUUGUGCUAUGUGGCAAUGUCAUGGUGUGUCAAACAAAGUGGUCCAGUUUUCACCGCAGCUUUUACCCCCCUUAUACAGAUAUUUGUGGCCGUCCUUGAUUUCUCUGUACUAAAGGAGGAAAUUUAUCUGGGAAGUGUUGCAGGAUCUGCGUUAGUUAUUGCUGGCAUGUAUAUUCUUCUGUGGGGAAAAAGUAAAGAGCAAGGACAAGAUGUUCAGAAGGAUAUGCAAACAAAUCAAGAUGUAGAACGUCAAUAGCAAUGCCAUCAAUGACAAUGAAUAACUAGCUGCGAAUGUGUCCUCUAAUCUUCGCGGGACACGAGUUCUCUAAAUAACAAAAAAAGUAUUGUGUUAUUAUAGGAACCAAAAGCAGUUACACUUGAGACUCUACAAAACAAAAGAUAAAAAAGUUUAGCUUGAGGAUAAAUAUUUAGUCCAUUAUUCAAGUCAGUAGUAGACUCUAACCUAUGCGUCAAUCACUGAAUGCUUAAUCUUGAAGUUUUAUUCAAAUAUAUAUUCUAUAUGGAUUUAUACAUGCGAAGCACGAGUUCCAACUUCAUAUGGAGAGAUGGAACAGCAUCUACUCAUCAAUAUCUGGACCAUUACAGCAAAAAAGUUCACUUUCAACCAAUCACCAACGCACGUUCAAAAAGUAAAACUUCUUAAUAAAAAACACCUUGAUUUUGUUUCCUUGUAGAAACAAAAUAUCAGUAAGCAAACAUCUGAACAUGAAACAUCGAGUUCAUUUCAGACAAGAAUACUUAACAUAAAUUGUUGCAAUCAUGAUGGAAACCCAAGCUAGGUUUGCUUGGAUAGGAGGAUCUUUUCACUCAAAUUUCACAAAAAGAGCUUUUGGUUAAUUGGUUGGAUCUUGGACAGAUUUUGAAAAGAUUCUUUAAUAAAUCGUAAUAUCGAUUUUGCAAAAGCUGUGAAAAGAAAAUAUUCAUGAUUAUAAUUCAAGAAAAUGCUACAAACUAUAUAUUAUUUUAAUUUAUUUUCUAUGAGAUAUUCAAGAUUAUAAGACCAAAUAUCUUUUUAUCCAAUCAAGGGUGGUCAUGAGAAACAAGUUAUUCCUAAGAUAGCUAGCUUAUUCCUAUCUCCAAACAAAGAUGCUCAAAUUCAAGCUAGACUAAAACAAUAUGAGAACACAGUUAUUAUUCCCUUUCCAAUAAGAUCAAUUUCACUUUAAUUUUAGCUGAGAAUAUAACUGCAUUAGUACAGAAAGAUAGAAAUACAUAACACCAAAAAAGGAAAAGCAGCACACAGAAAAAGAAAUACAUCUAAUGAUGCAGUUAUUUCCCACUCAUUAACUGGUAAUUAGAUUCAAAAUUUACAUUUAGCAAGU